CGUAUAUAUUUAGUAGCGGAAACAUUGCCUAGUCGGCCGUUUCCGUCUUCCCAGUGCCUGUCAGCCAUUACAGCUCUGCUCGCCGGGUCUUGCAGGGUGUAACUGAUACAGCUGACAUAGUUUCUGAAAAAUCGAAGAUUGUCCUUAAGGAACGGGUAGUGUGUCAGGAAACAGGUUCGCCUAAACGCUCGUCCAGAUGUAUAACAAUAGUUACUCCAAUCACAGUAGGCCCAGAGGUAACCGGGACUCUGGUAACCGCAAUGGAGGUGGUACAUAUUGGAACAGCCAGCAACAAGCACAGAAAGAAAAGGCUGUCAAAAAGCAAGCUCAAAGGAAGACACCAGGAGAUCUGCUGAAAAAACCCAACUGGGAUUUAACCAAGUUACCUGUGAUCACGAAAAAUUUGUAUAUUCCACAUAUCAAUGUUUUGAAAAGGACAACAGAAGACAUUGCAAAGUAUCACAUUGGCAAGGAAAUUACAGUCAAGGGAAAGAACACACCUUCUCCAAUCCAAGCAUUCGAAGAAAGUAACUUCCCAGAUUAUGUAAUGGAUGAAAUCAGGAAGCAGGGCUUUGCUGAGCCAACAGCAAUUCAAGCACAAGGCUGGCCAAUCGCUCUCAGUGGGCGCGAUUUGGUUGGAAUCGCUCAAACAGGAUCUGGAAAGACUCUAGCAUAUAUCCUGCCAGCGACAGUGCACAUUAAUAAUCAGCCUCGAUUGAACCGUGGGGAUGGUCCAAUCGUAUUGAUUCUGGCUCCGACGAGAGAGUUAGCUCAGCAAAUUCAGACAGUUGCUCGUGAUUUCGGAUCCUCGUCAUGCAUUCGCAACACAUGCAUUUUCGGUGGAUCCCCAAAAGGGCCACAAGCCCGCGACUUGGAACGAGGCGUUGAGAUCUGUAUCGCAACACCUGGCAGACUGAUCGACUUUCUGGAGAAGGGAACGACGAAUCUUCGCAGAUGCACAUACCUGGUUCUGGACGAAGCGGAUAGGAUGCUGGAUAUGGGAUUCGAACCACAGAUCCGCAAGAUCAUCGAGCAGAUAAGACCUGACAGGCAGGUGCUGAUGUGGUCUGCGACAUGGCCGAAGGAAGUACAGGCUCUGGCCGAAGAUUUCCUCUCCGAUUACAUUCAGAUCAAUAUUGGAUCCUUGACGCUUGCCGCCAAUCACAACAUUCGCCAGAUCGUGGAAAUCUGUUAUGAGCACGAGAAGGAGAUGAAACUCUCAGGCCUGCUUCGAGAAAUCGGCAAAGACCGAGGUAGCAAAAUGAUCAUAUUUGUGGAAACAAAGAAGAAGGUGGACGACAUCACCAAAGCUAUCAAGCGGGAGGGCUGGCCGGCCAUAUCUAUUCACGGAGACAAAUCUCAACCAGAAAGAGACUACGUUUUGUCCGAGUUCAGGAGUGGUAACACCAUGAUUCUCGUCGCCACCGACGUGGCUGCUCGCGGCCUUGAUGUGGAGGACGUGAAGUAUGUGAUCAACUUCGAUUAUCCAAAUAGUUCCGAGGACUACAUCCAUCGAAUUGGAAGAACCGGACGUUGCCAAAGUGCAGGCACAGCGUACGCUUACUUCACGCCUAACAACGCAAGACAAGCGAAAGAGUUGAUCUCCGUUUUGGAGGAAGCCGGCCAAGUGAUCAAUCCGCAGUUGGCAGUACUAGCAAAUUCGAUGAAGAAUCAAUACGGAAAGGGCCGCCAGCGUUGGAGUCACUCCCGUUCCAGUAAAGACAAUAACUCCGUCAGCCCCAGGAACAACAGCAGUCCGACCGCGAACAGUUGGCAGAACCAGCAGUGCCAGGUUAGUCAGCUGAACCACAACAAUAUCAACAGCCAGGAGAGGACCGUUGUUCGGCAUCAGAACGGAUAUCAAAACAGCCGUCAGAAUAAUUACCAGCCUACCUACCAGCAACAGCAACACCAGAGACAGCCGAACGCUUACGCCAACAGCUGUCCAACCAGCAGCAGCAACUACCAAACUGGAUAUCAGAACGCGACCAUACCCAGAUACCAUGGCAGAACUGGUACCUUCCAAGGGAACCGUUAUCACAACCGGCAGAACACGUACAGCAGCAGCCAAACUGGAGGUCAGGGUGUCUAUUCGAUGCCACCGCCGUUCAUGAUGCCGUCUAACGGGCACACCGAUUCUGGGAUGCAGAGCCUGGUGAACAACAAGUUCUUCCAAACGAACCGACCACCGCCGAACACCGGAGCUUGUGCUUACCAGUCGAUGGGUUACGGCCAGUUUCAAGCUGUGCCGCCAUACAGUUACCCUUACCCGCCUACACCAGUGCAGCAGUGACGCUUUUCACGGUAUAAAUCGGUAAGAGUGCAGGCUAAGUAAGAGAUCAAUUUUUUCUGUCUACAUUGGGCCCAUUUAAUGUUUACGGUUUGUGUAGGUUGGGUCUCCUUCGAAUAUAUGCAUAACAUAAUGUUUCUUCUUUUCUUUAUUAUUUAUCAUUUUCUGGAAUGUUGCCGCAAUCGGGAACCAUCCGAUCAAACGUUGAUUUCGGUUGUUCCGAUCGGGGGAAAAAAAAAAAAGAAACCACACCGGCACAGUGAACAAAGAAUCAAAAAGUACAUUGUUUAUUCCUGAGAAGCGACACGAUAUCAUAUCAUUUGCUUCGUGAGACAAUACACAAAGAGACAAACGAGCAAAAGGAAACGAAAACGAUUGUACAAUUCGCAAACCUCCGAAGGCACAUUCCAGUUAAAUUCUUUGAAGUAGUAGUAGUUGUUUAGGAAUGGUACAUUGAUAUAAUCAUUACUGGAUGUAGGCUAUGACCAGAUAUGUAGGUUAUUAAAUAUGGUCAUAUCUCUGAGAAAAAAAAAACGUAAUUAAUCUUCUUGCGAUAAACUAUGUAAACGACAUUUAAUGCUUUCCUGAAAUGCACGAAACAUAUAGAAGGGGGGUGGGUUAACGUUCUCGUAUUUGAUAAUUUAUUUAUAUUUUGCAUAUAUAUAAACUAUAUGUGUGUAGCAGUUUAGGACGAAGGGGGAACCGAGCGACAGAAGAACACCAUUAGGAUGACGAUCUUCGCCACCCGACUGCCCGGUUCCCUCUUCAUCCUAAAGUCCUACAUGUAUGUACAGGCAAUGCUCUUCAAAAUGUAAGGCCUUUUGCAUAAAAAUUAAGCCGUACACCCGUUUUACAAAGCGCACGACGAUAUCAAUCGUGUUCUCUGUUCUAUAAACGAGACAACUGACCAAGUGUGUCUCCGCUAUAGAUGGGGUGAAAGUAAUCUCAUUAAUCGCGAAGAGAGGGAGAGCGGAAGAGAGAGAGAUAGAGAGAGAAAGAGAAAAAAGAGUAACAUUAAAGCACGUUGAUGAAGGAUAUCCAGCAUAAUUAUAUAGCGUACAAAAAGAAGCGAGUAUUUCGUGACCAUCCUGGCUCGGUCCUUUUUUUGGAAUCGGUUCAUGGAACCGAUCACGGGGAAAAAAAGAAAGAGAGAGAGUAGAGAAAGAGGGGAAAAAAGGAAAACUUGGGCUUCAGGGGACAACUUAAAUUAAGCAUGUAGUCACAAUGGCUGUGUACCUCGGCGCAAAGUUUGAUACCUUAUUUUUAUAAUAUAUAUCGAAAGUAAUUUGUUGUUAAACCAACGAAUGAUUAUACGAUGAAAAAAAAAAUACUAAUAAUAAUAAUGAGAAACAUUGUUGUUUGAUGUUUAUGCAAUUGGCCACUGAGUGGUCUUGCCUAUGCGCGCCCCCGUAUCAAAUGUGUAGGCGUACGCGCAGGCUGACCGCGAUCGAAUGAAUUUAGUUGUACCUGUUUUUUAGUUCGCGCUCGUCGAAAUUUUUGCUAUUUUUUUAAGGAACGAUUCAGACUUAUCCGGGACACAAUUUUUCCAUUGAGAAAUGUUUAAUGCGCUGCGUGAACACAUACUGAAGCAAAACAAAUAUGUGCGUGUGUAAGAAGAAAAAAAAAAGAGAAAAAAACGGUCGUUUAGAGAAAGAAGACGAAGAAUAAUAAUUAAACGAUGAAAAAGCGU